AUGCGCCAUCUCGAGCGGGCAGCACGAUCAUCUGCCAUGGAGCACCCCGAUCAACACUACAAUCAAACGCAUAACCCAGUCAUCACCAUCCGCGCGACUGCCUCGCAGAUUCUGCAGGUCACGACUACGUACACCACUUUGCUGGCUACAUCUACAGGUAAGUCUUUCAUAGAGUACGAUGCCGCGCCCUCGAAUCUUUCCGGUGCCGACAAAGCGGGAAUCGCGCUGGGAUGUCUUGUGUUUGUCGUCAUUGUUGGAAUGUUGGCUUGGGUGUUGUACGUGAAGCUUCGGUGUCGCCGAGCCGCACAGGGUAAGACUGAAGAGGGAGAGGAGAAUGACCUACGCGUCGGGGAGGUUGAGGAGAGGUUGUCGAGUGAAGGCGAUGAAGACAAUCAGUCGAGUCUGAGUGAUGGAAGUCCGAAAUUGGAUGAUGUGGCGAGGUAUGAGAGUAUGAACUUCGACGCGAGGAGCUUCUCGGUCGAGAGAGAGAGGGACGAGGACGAGAUCUUGCCUGUUAGGGGACCGAGGGAGCCACGGGUCAUGGUGAGGGCGAGGACUUCCCCUCAUUCGCCUACUCCGAAGGAGAGGAACAUUUCGAACGGCAGUGUGAUUUGGACGCCAGGAAAGCGAGAGCUGGACACCACGCCUACCCAGCAACAUGAGCGAGAACCUCAUGCUGAAGGAGACUCUCCGCUGCCCGGCUCUCUGACCGCGGGUCGUCCACCUUCCGCGGACUGGCCGUUUCCCGCGGGCGAAGCUCCACAAGAUGGUACGGUCCUUUCGACUCCUCGUCUCCAGAGAGAAGGCAUACCCAUGACAUCCAUCGCAGCUCCAGGCUAUACCUGUGCCAACUACACCCCUUCCAAGUACCAACCAUCCCCACCAAUCGAGACUGAGAACAAGAACAACGACAUCAACCUUCGACCUCGACCACAGAGCUGGCCAUUGUCUGACUCGACACCACCCGUCUCACCACUCAAGUUUCAAGAUGUAGACGCCGCUUCAGAAUACCAGAGCUCCCCGCCUCCAACCCUUCCCAACGCCGCCAGACCACUGAGCUUAGUGCAGGAAUACUCUCUCGCUACAUUCCCCGUCUCACCAUGUCCUCCCACGGACAAGUCUCCGAACGAAGGAGGAAUGUGGGAGAAAGUAGGAGGUCUCAUGCCUUUGGACUUCCCCGCCGAGGACAAUGAUACAGGCGGAGUAGACCUCAACCCCGAAUCGCCUUCGCCCAAGACGCAGUUGAAGAGUGCAGUCGGCUACGCGCUCGCCGCACUGGAGACCAAAGGUGGAGGCGAGAGAGAAGACCAUGGCCUUUCUGAGAAUCCAUUCGAUGUACACGACGAGAUGAUUGAGGUCAAAGACGAGAACGAAUCGGCGAGAUCGAUGCAGCAGACCCUCUACGCUCUCUAUCCUGACUCGCCCUAUCCUCCUUGUACUACCAUAACGCCGUCAAAAAUCAAGAUGGAGGACGUCCCUGCGACACCCAAAGCCUCGCUUUUCCCUCCUCCCGACAGGCCACUUCCCGCACUUCCACAACAGAAGCGUACCCUAUGGGGUGAAAGCGAAAUGGAACCCCUCUUCCUCACGGCUUCUAGACGCGACGCUACCUUGCAGCGAGAGCGAGAGCGGGAGAGAGAAGAGGAUGAUGAGAUGCGGACUGCGCUCAAUGCUAGACGCUUUUCUGGCAAGGUGGAGGAGGCCAUGGGAGAGGAAGGCAGAGUGAAACUUGAGAGGCAGAGAAUCGAUUCGCGCGUCAAGAUUGAGAGUGCGCUGUAUGAGGAAGACGAAGGUGACCUACCUGCUGACUUUGAUGAGAAGAAGAGGGUUGUGCAGUCCAAGAGCAGUUGUGAGGGACAGUGA